CUCAUAGUCAUAGGUCACCAAUCACCAUAACUAGAGGUCUACACUUAAAUAACCAAUAACCAAGCCUUAACCAAACACUAAGUCUGUGGACGUGGUGAUUUUAUUUAUUUAUCUAGCUAAAUUCUUUGGUAUAAGUGGCGGGCAUAAACAUAACAUAAAUAAAUUAACCUAUCAGUGGUGCAAAGCACUUGUUCGUUAAUAUAAUUAUUAUUAUAAUUGUUAUUAGAUUUAGAUAAACCGUGCUGAGAUAUCGAUUUUAAUUACAUAACGGUAUGUGAUAAACUAUUUUUUAUUUCUAUGUGACAAUUGAUAAAAAAUUGUAAUUUGUAAAAAGCCAAAACAAAACUACCCGCAAAAAUGGAAGAAUUUGUCACUUUAAAUAAAAUUGGCGAAGGAUCUUAUGGGACAGUUAAUAAAGGUAAAAGCAAGUUUACCGGACAAUUAGUUGCGAUCAAAAGAAUAUUAGUGGAAGAUAAUGGCGUACCAUCUACAGCUUUACGUGAGAUUUCAUUACUGAAAAAGCUGAAACAUCCAAACAUAGUAAGACUAGAAGACGUGUUGGUCGAGGAAUCAAAACUUUAUCUAAUUUUUGAGUUUCUAACAAUGGAUUUGAAGAAAUACAUCGACACACUUGGUGCAGGCAAUUUCAUGGACCCAAAGACAGUAAAAAGUUACCUGUAUCAGCUCAACAGCGCCAUAUUAUACUGUCACCAGAGACGCAUUAUGCACAGGGAUUUGAAGCCACAGAAUCUGCUCAUCGAUAAAACUGGGAUUAUAAAGGUAGCAGACUUCGGUCUGGGCCGCGUGUGUAUCUCAGGGAAGAUGUACACACAUGAAGUGGUGACACUGUGGUACAGAGCGCCUGAACUUCUUCUUCGGAGCAAACAGUACUCCUGCCCUAUAGACGUUUGGUCAAUGGGCUGUAUCUUUGCGGAGAUGUUAUCCAAGCAAGUCCUUUUUCGCGGGGACUCCGAAAUUGAUCAGCUUCUCAGCAUAUUCAGAAUAUUAGGAACCCCCACAGAAGUCACUUGGCCGAAAGCAUCCUAUUUGCCGGACUUCAAGCAUACUUUUCCCUACUAUGCACCUAUCGAUUUAAAAGACGUUGUGCUGAAUCUGGAUGAGGAUGGUUUGGACCUUUUGAAAAAUAUGUUGGUCUACAACCCGAGCGAACGUAUCAUUGCUAAAUAUGUACUGAACCAUUCGUACUUUAGCGACGUUCAACUGCCGGUGUCAAUAGCUGAAAAAAUUAAACUGUUUGAACCGCGAAAAAAUUGUAAUGUUUCAAUUAAUUUGUCACUAAUGAAAUAGUUCAUACUUCGUACACAAUAUAUCCAUUUAAGUAAAUCCUAUUUUAUACAGUGUGCCUAGUGGGAGUUUUCAAUACUUUCAUACUGUUACUAUCGCGUUGACGUAAACGCGAAUUUAUAUGGAAUUGAAAAAGUUGUGCAGCAGUGCUACUAGAUGGCGCUGUUUCAAUUCUUAGAAAUUCGCGUUUACAUUAACGCUAUAGUAAUAGUAUAGUAUCAAACUGCCACUAGGCCCUCUGUUAGUAAAUUACUUAUUGCUUUGUAUCCUUGAUGGUGAACGAAGCGUCCAACGAACGAAUCCUGUGUGUUGUAUUUUAUUGUAUAAUGUAGGUAUAAUGUUUAUUCCUAUAUGUAUUAGUUUUGUUUGUUACGCUUAGACGUAUUAAUUAGGAUGUUAUGUUAUGUUAUAUUUUAUUAAAGUUUUGUAGAAAUA